CGACAGCGGGAUCACCAAGUUGAGGCACGGUGAUGUCAGUUAGCCUGAUUCCCCUCCUCUGCACUUAAUAACGCGACCUCGGGACAUUUAAGGUCUAGACGACGGCCAUUGCCAUUGCCUCGCUAGUAUCCCAAACUUACAUUUCCAGAAGAUAGGAAAAGGACCGGCUAUUACCUCCGUACAAGCCCUAAGCCCGCACGGUUGCCCUAAGAUGGCACUCAAGACCCUCGGGGCAAAGGCUGCAGCGGCGUUGGAUAAGGAGUUGAUGAGCACUGGGGCGUUUUCCCUUGACCAGCUCAUGGAGCUCGCCGGGCUUUCAGUCUCACAAGUUGUAUACAGGGUGCAUCCCGUGAGUAAGGGCAGAAGAGUUCUGGUUGCAGUCGGUCCCGGCAACAACGGGGGUGACGGCCUUGUUGCCGCCCGCCAUCUCCGCCACUACGGCUACCAGCCGACCAUUUACUACCCAAAACGGCCCAAGAAUGAGCUGUACCAGCGACUCGCCAAACAGUUGGAGGACCUCGACGUCCCCUUCGUUGAUGAUUUCCCGGUUGCGCUCCAAUCGACCGAUCAUGUUGUCGAUGCCAUCUUCGGUUUCAGUUUCUCGGGCGAGGUCCGCGAACCGUUUCCAGCUGUCAUCCAGGCCAUGGCGGAGACCAAACUUCCUGUGACGUCGGUCGAUGCUCCGUCAUCCUGGGAUAUCGAAGAAGGCCCUCCUAAAUCGGGUGUCGGUAGCAAUUUCCACCCUGAUGUCCUGGUCAGCCUGACGGCGCCGAAACCCCUGGUGAAGCAUUUUAGGGGCCGUCACUUCAUUGGCGGCAGGUUUGUCGCACCCGCAAUUGCCAAGAAGUAUGGCUUCGAUGUUCCGGCAUAUGAGGGUCUCGAUCAGAUUGUCGAAGUCGGACCCGAUGGGUUGAAGCUGUAACGGGCAUCAGGCGCCGGCCACGACCUGUUGGUUCCUGA